ACACACACUGCCCAUUCCAUCAUCCUCACUCUGCUCUCUGACUCUUCUGCGAACACCAUGAGCCCCUCUCUGUGUCUCCUCUCCACCCUACUACUCUGCUACAUCCAUGCCACACAGGGAGCCCCACCACCGCAGCAAGGUCCCAAUUGCAGGACUCGUCCGACUGAUUUGGUGUUCAUCAUAGACAGCUCUCGUAGUGUACGCCCCUCUGAAUUUGAGCAAGUCAAAGUCUUCCUUUCCCAGGUUGUUGAGAGUCUGGAUGUGGGUGCCAAUGCUACAAGAGUUGGACUCCUCAACUAUGCUAGUUCAGUCAAAAAUGAAUUCUCUCUCAAAACUCAUAAAACUAAAGCCGCUCUUCUUCAAGCUAUCAAGAAAGUCCAGCCACUGUCUACUGGAACUAUGACAGGGCUUGCCAUUCAAUUUGCCAUAAACCAUGCCUUCACUGAGGCAGAGGGGGCACGUGUGAGAUCUCCUGACAUCAGCAAGGUGGCUAUUGUGGUAACAGAUGGCCGUCCCCAGGAUGGAGUGAAGGAUAUUUCUGCAAGAGCUAGGGAGAGUGGAAUAGAGGUAUUUGCCAUUGGAGUGGGACGUGUGGAUUUGAACACCUUGCGUCAGAUUGCUAGUGAAAAACUCGAUGAUCAUGUGGAUUACGUAGAAAGCUAUAGCGUUAUUGAAAAAUUAAGCAAGAAGUUCCAAGAGGCUUUUUGUGCCAUGGCUGACCUCUGCUCCUCUGGGGAUCACGAUUGUGAGCAAAUAUGUGUCAGCACCCCAGGUUCAUACACUUGUGCAUGCAGGGAUGGGUUCACGUUAAAUGAAGAUGGAAAGACCUGUAAUGCUUGUGGGGCCUCUGCCAUCGACCUGGUGUUUUUAAUUGAUGGAUCCAAGAGUGUACGCCCAGAAAACUUUGACCUUGUCAAGCAGUUCAUCAACCAGAUUGUAGAGUCUGUGGAUGUGGGUGAGAACAAGGCUCACGUGGGCCUCGUCCAGUACUCCAGCUCAGUCAGACAGGAGUUCCCACUGGGAAGGUACAAGAGCAAGAAAGACAUUAAGUCAGCAGUAAAAAAAAUGUCCUAUAUGGAGAAGGGCACCAUGACAGGCCAGGCUAUCCAGUUCCUUAUUGAUAACAGCUUUGCCAUAUCCAGUGGGGGAAGACCAGGUGUCGCCAAAGUUGGCAUUGUUUUUACAGAUGGACGCUCACAGGAUUACAUCAAUGAUGCUGCCCUCAAGGCCAAAGAACUGGGUUACAAGAUGUAUGCUGUAGGUGUAGGCAAUGCUGUGGAUGAAGAAUUGAGAAUGAUUGCUUCAGAGCCAGUGGCUGAACAUUACUUUUACACUGCUGACUUUAAGGCUAUGAAAGAGAUUGGCAAGAAACUGCAAGUUAAGAUUUGCGUAGAGGAGAACCCAUGUGAAUGUGAAUCCAUUGUCAAGUUCCAGACAAAGGUGGAGGAGCUUAUCCAGUCACUUACAAAGAAGAUCGAAGCAGUAUCAAAAAGAAUCACUGCCCUGGAGAACAAGAUCACUGUGUGAGCACAUCACUCUCCAUCAAUAAAGGAUCAAUAUCACAUCACCAUCACCUGAUGACGCUACCGUUGAUCAUAACCCUUUUUCUCUGCACUUCUGCAUUGAUAAUCUGAAUUGGGCUGCCGGCAACAUGCAUGGAAUAUAAAACCUAGUGGUUAUGGAAUGUAUUGCAGCCUGCAAAAUAUAUUGUAAACAACAUCUGUAUGGCAUAACUA